GAAAGUGCCAGCCGCUUCCCGCCCCGCCUUCUCCGCCGCACUCUUUGGGAAGAGGCAGAGGGCUGCGUCUGGUGCCGGACUUGGUGGUAGCCCCAUUUAGGACAGCCUUUGCCAGAAGAGGGAGGAGUCUCUUGGGCCCUGUCGGAGGCUGCCUUGGAGCACAAAAAUCAAAGAUGGAACACUCAGCUGGCCCCGAAGGAGGAAGAGGUCUGUAUAUCAUCCAUGCUGGGAACUCUGGGGAAUUCUGGGAAAUAACCGUGCAGAAGGUCCUGGGUAAGAAAGACGCCCUCAGCUCAAAUGUGCAGUGCCAGCGUUUCAGGGAAUUGUGUUACCAGGAGGCAAAGGGCCCCCGAGAUAUUUGCAGCCAACUCCACCAUCUCUGCCAUCAGUGGCUGAAGCCAGAGCGACACAUGAAGAAUGAGAUCCUGGACUUGGUGAUCCUGGAGCAGUUCCUGGCUGUCCUUCCACCGGAGAUGCAGAGCUGGGUGAGGGAAUGUGGAGCGGAGACCACUUCCCAGGCAGUGGCCCUGGCUGAAGCUUUCAUCCUGAGCCGGGCAGAGGACAAGAAGCAGGCAGAGCAGCAGGUCAAGGGUCUGUUUGCAGAAGUGGCCACUGAUUUCCUUGAGUCACAGAAGGCUCUGUCGGACGCCAGAGAAUGUUCUCUGCAAAUGGAGAAUGUGCAGGAGAGCGACAGACUUGCCACCUCACUGGGUGAUGAAAUGAUGCUGGCAAGACCUCAACCGUCUCUUCUUUGUGGUGGAGGGGAAGCAGCUGCUGUGGAGGAGGAUCAGGGUCCGGUGUCCUUUGAGGAGGUGGCUGUGUACUUCACGGAGGAGGAGUGGGCUUUGCUGGAUCCCCACCAGAGGGCGCUGCACAUGGAAGUUAUGGAGGAGAACUGUGGAAUCGUGGCCUCUCUCGAUGAUGAAUGGGAAAGUGAGAAUCGGGGAGAACUACAUGGCACAUUCCCUGAAAGAGCCACAUAUAGCAAGAGGGAGCAGCAGAGAAGGAGAACUAGUGAAGAAGAGAAGAGGAGGAACCAAUCCCCUACCUCUCCGGACAGUGACUGCCAUCAAAUCCGACUCAAAGAAAAACUGCAAAAGGGAAAACCAACAAAUACAUGGCGUGUGUGUCAGAGAAGGUUUCAUUCUGAAUCAAUACUUAAAACUCAUUACAAACUCCACACAGAAAAGAAACCAUGCAAAUGCUUGGAGUAUGGAAAGAGCUUUUGUCAAAAUUCUGAUCUUACUUGCCAUCAAGGGAUCCAUACAAGAGAGAAACCAUACAAAUGCUUGGAGUGUGGAAAGAGCUUUCUUUACAAUUCUGAUCUAAUUUGCCAUCAAAGGAGUCAUACAGGGGAGAAACCAUACAAAUGCUUGGAGUGUGGAAAGAGCUUCACGCAGAAGAUAAGCCUCACUUUGCAUCAAAGAAUUCACACGGGGGAGAAACCAUUUAAAUGCCUGGAUUGUGGUAAGAGCUUCUGUCAGAAGACAAAUCUCACUACUCAUCAAAGAAUUCACACAGGCGAGAAACCAUACAGCUGCUUUGAAUGUGGAAACAGCUUUUCCCAAAGUACUGCCCUUAUUACUCACCAAAGGAUCCAUACAGGGGAGAAACCAUAUAAAUGCCUGGAGUGUGAAAAGAGCUUCAGUCUUAAGUCACAUCUCACUUCUCAUCAAAGAAUCCACACAUGGGAGAAACCAUUUAAAUGCUUAGAGUGUGGAAAGAGCUUACGUAAUAAGUCACAUCUCAUUUCACACCAAAGAAUUCACACAGGGGAGAAACCAUUUAAAUGCUUGGAGUGUGGAAAGAGCUUCACACGGAAGGAUAGUCUCACAUUUCAUCAAAGAAUUCACACAGGGGAGAAAUCAUAUAAAUGCUCUGAAUGCGGAAAGAGCUUCUGUCAGAAAACACAUCUCACUACUCAUCAAAGAAUUCACACAGGAGAUAAACCAUUUAAAUGUUUGGAGUGUGGAAAGAGUUUCACACGUAAGGAUAGUCUCACUACUCAUCAAAGAAUUCACACAGGGGAGAAACCAUACAAAUGCUUGAAGUGUGGAAAGAGCUUCAAGCAGAAGAAGAGUCUCAUUUCGCAUCAAAAUAUCCACACAGACGAGAAAUCAUUUAAAUGCUUGGAGUGUGGAAAGUGCUUCACAUGGAAGGAAAGUCUUUCUGUUCAUCAAAGAAUUCAUACAGAGGAGAGACCAUUUAAAUGCUUGGAAUAUUGACGGAGCUUCAGUAAAAAGAUACAAUACUCAUCAGUGAAUUCACAAGGUGGAAACUGCAUAAAGGUUUGGAGUGUGGAAAGGCACACUAUGCCUCUCAUCUAAUGAAUUCUCACAGGAGGGAAAGUACAGAAGGGGUUUGAAUAUGGAAUCCGAUUCUGUUUAAGUUCCAUUUCAUUUAGGAGCUGCGGUGGCAAGGGAUGUAGCCUGGUGGACGGAAUAUGGCUUAUGCAGGGAUCUGAGAGACAAAUGGUCAACCAUAGAGGGCCACAUUAAUCUCCCAAGCUGAAGUUCCCCACCGCUGCUAUAGAGAGAGAGGAAGAGGAGCCAUAUGCUUAAUCCAGUGAAAUUAAAAUGGGUCCUCUUGAAUUUGGAAGAUUUUUACUUGGCAUCCCAUUACAUUAAAACGGACAUUGAUAUCUUUGAAUGGGUUUUCUUGUGCCAUGGUGGUGCUGGCAAGCACUGGAUUGGUGAUUUUUACUGCACAGUGGAUAGACACUUGUCUUAGAUUUGACCUGGCCCAGAGCAGAUUUUCGGGUGGGCACCCCGCAUUACUUACUUUUUCUUCUUGUUGAUUUAGCUAUUUUGGUUGUGCAUAGAUACCCUUAUCUGUGGCGUGCACCCAGAAGAAGCUGUGGGUCAGCCAGGAUGCAGUGGCAUCUCACAGAGGACACUCUUCCCUUUGCUUUUGUUUUUGAUUUGUCCUGGUCCACAGCAGAUUUUUGGUGAGCACCCCAGUUACUAAUUUUUUUUCUGCAUACUUUGUCUAUUUUGAUUGCGCAUAGUUGCCCUUAUCUGUGCUGUGCACCCACUGGAAACUCUGGGUCAACUCUUAUGGCAUGCAGUAGAGGACAUUCCCCUGAUAGUGUGGAAGUGUCAUUUGUGGUGGCUCAAUGCUCAUUUUGGGGUGCAUAGCUACAGUUUAUAACUGCAUACUGUGAUCAUUGCACAGUGAGGUCAACGACACCUUUUACUUCACACAGUGAUGAUGCAUGUCGAAGGGGAGAAAUUCCCAGUGAUGGAGAUGUGUGAUAAUGGAUAUCAUAACUCUUAUUUUGUGGUGUAGGGUUAAAUAAACUAUAUAGGCUGUUCAGACAGCAAUUUGUUGAAAAAGGAAGUGGGAACUGGCCCCAAAUUCAGCAUCAUGAAAAACGUAUAAGACAGUGAUAACUGCAAGGUCACCGCCUAUUUUCCAACUACUGAGGUAAAGGACCUGCAAAAAAACGCGUUCAAAAUUAUUCAGCACAUUUGGUGCCAAUUCGCCUUUUUUGGUGGUGUGGCUCAUGUAAUAUCUGGUUCUUUUAGGAUUCCUGGGUUAACUAGCUAUAUGCGGCCCAUCCUGGGGCUGAGAUGAGAAGGUGGCGUGGACAAGGAGUUAAGCAUGUAAGUUCACCUAUAAUUUGCAGGGGUGGUUUAGGAGUAGCUUGCUCUGAGGUGUUUAGUUCAAGGUGGGACUCGGGAGACAUCAAACCUUUUGUACAUGUUGGAGACAGGCAGCGACCUAGGGAAUGCAAUUAGAAACAAAGAAAGAGGAUUGUUUUUAACCCUUUGUUCCUUUGAUCCACUGGGACAUAUGCUAGUUUCUGGAACUUUUCCAUGUAGUAUCUUUUCUUUAAAAUUGUUUAUUUUUCUCUUAGUCAACUGCUCCUGCAAGCAGAAUAGCUUCUGUUCAAGAGAGUUCUACAGCGCACGCCUUCCUGUGCAGCCCAAUGAGACCGGCCCCAGAGGAGGGUGCCUCAUGGGUGGGGGCGUGGUAGGGUUCAGUCUGGGGUAGUGCCUCCCUAAGAGUUCCUGGACCCUCGACCAGGUCCUCACCUGGUCCUUAGCUAGUGCCAGCCCUGCUCUCCAGCCUCCCUGGGGACUCCUGGUGCAAAAGAAGCCAAGUUGCCAUCACAUAUGGAGGUGCCAUCCAUGUUACAGGAUACAUCAUACAGAGCAACAGAAGCAGGAAACGCAGGCCCCUGGAGCUUGCAGCGUCCACUGAGAUUAGGGUUGCCGGGUCAGAAGCAUCCCAAACCCUGAGAUUUCAGGGGCGGGUCCUAGUGAUGUCAUUAAGCAUGAUACAUUAAGCAUCAACCACAGUUGCUUGGAGCAUACCACUUUUAAAAAAUGUUACUGAUUAGAAAUUAAGAUAGAAAUCUAAAUGAGGGUGUUUCUAGGUCCAGCUGAAGUGACAGGAUCAUUCCCUCUCACCUGCUUGGAGAUCCUGGGUAAGGAACAUUUAAUCUAGCCUACUUGCUUCUGGCAAGAAGGGUUUAAGUGCCCUCAGGCCAGGCCAGUCACCAGAAGAAAGGAGCCUUGUGUUGUGGAGAUGUUAGAUGGGAGCACUUGGGAGUAAAGAUGGAUGCCCCUGAAAACCAAUUUUAAACACUAAGGGACUAAUCCCCGUAGAACUCAACAGGAUUUACUUUUGAGGAGAUAUUGUUAGGAUUGUGCUGUUGGUAAGGCUUGAGUAGGGAUUCUCUGCAACAAUAUUCAUAUCAAAGCAAGGUUGACAACCCCCUGCAUGGAAUGUACUGCCUGCCUUUUAACGUGGCUUUACCGACUCGACUUUUCACUGCAGAGAGAGGUUUGAGAAAUGAGUAAGCGUUAAGAAGAUUCUCUACUCUUCCUUGCCUACUCUGUGAGCUGCUAUAAACUCAUUUUGACAGCCAACCCAAUUCCAGUGAAUAAUAACUGACAGAGGGAAAACACACAUGGUUUGGCCCACCUUUACAGGCACUAGAUUGGGAACAACAGCAAUUGAAGCCACACUUCCCAGUAUGUGAAUUCCCUUACCACUACUGGGCAAGAAACAAACCAUCAUGCAAAUAAUGUGCGUCAUGAAUGGGUUUAAGGGGGUUAAGCUGACCACAUGGAACCACUGUUGUUGCUUCUAUGCAUGUAAGGGAGUGAGGUCAGAGGUAAAUGAAAUGCAAAUUAAAAAAGGAAAAAGUUAUGUGCCUUCUUAUGCCAACCCUAUGAAUCAGCAACCUCCAAUAGCAUCUGUUACAAACCACCCUGUUCAGAUCUUGUAAGUUUAGGUCUGUGGCUUCCUUUAUGGAAUCAAUCCACCUUUUUUUGGUCUUCCUCUUUUUCUACUCCCUUCUGUUUUUCCCAGCAUUAUUGUCUUUUCUAGUGAAUCAUGUCUUCUCAUUGUGUGUCCAAAGUAUGAUAGCCUCAGUUUCAUCAUUUUAGCUUCUAGUGAUAGUUCUGGUUUAAAUUGUUGUAACACCCAAUUAUUUGUCUUUUUUGCAGUCCGUGGUAUACACAAAGCUCUCCUCCAACACCACAGUUGAAAUGAGUUGAUUUUUCUCUUACCCGCUUUUUUCACUGACCAACGUUCACAUCCAUACAUAGAGAUCAGGAAUACCAUGGUCUGAAUGAUCCUGACUUUAGUGUUCAGUGAUACAUCUUUGCAUUCAGUGACCUUUUCUAGUUCUCUCAUAGCUGCCGUCCCCAGUCCUAGCCUUCUUCUGUUUUCUUGACUAUUGUCUCCAUUAAGACAGAAGACUCAGCAUCCCACAACCAGUGAGGGUUCCUAACCAAAACUAAAAAUCCUGGCAGCCAAUCAGCCAAGGUCACAGAAAUCCCCAUUCAGCAUAAUCUGACCUGGGGGCUGCAGUUAGUGCAGAAUGCUGCGGCAUGAUUGCUAACGUGAGUUAGAUCUUAUCAGCACAUAAUACCUCUUUUCUGAAAUCUGCACUGGUUGCUGAUUUGCUGCCAGGCCAAGUUCAAGGUAUGCUUUUCAUGUUACAGGUUCCACAUAGUACUUGUUCUGCUCUUGUAAGAAAUUGAUCCUUUACUGUGGCACUACCUAUGCUUUGGUAUUCCCUGCCUAUUUACAUUAGGCAGGUGCCUUCAUUGUACUCAUUUUGGCACCUGCUAAUAACAUUUUUGUUUAGGCAAGCCUACUCAGCCACCCAGAAGCUAUUAUGUUUUUUAUCUGUUUUUAACUCAUUCUUGGUUUUAUUAUUUUGAAUGUUUUUAAAUACCUGUCUUUAACUGCUUUUGACAAUAAUUUUAUUGUUUUAAUUCCGUCUAUAAACUGCUUUGAGGUUUUUUACAAUAAAGCAGUAUAUAAAUGUUGUAAAUAAAAUACAUAAAUAUAUUUCAGAGUCACUAUGGCCCUUGGGUCUCUUUACUCUUUUAUACCAACUCAGGCCAUUUGGUACCAUCUAGCUCAGUACUGAUGACAUGGACUAGCAUUGGCUGUCCAGGAUUCCAGGCAAUAGUCUCUUCCAGAGGUUCAAUUUUGGUCCUUUGCAUGCAAAGCAAGUGGCCUACCACUGAGCUACAGCCCUGUUUAAAGAGGCCUAUUUUAAAAUUGUUCUUUUCAAUUCACUAGUGAAUGCACAGCAUACUAAGGCAGAUCCACACCAUGCAUUUAAAGCACAUUCAACAUACGUUUGAAGCACUUGAAUCCCACCACAGAAUCAUGGGAACUAUAAUUUAGGAGGGGUGGGAACUAUAACUAUGAGGUGGAAACUACACUUUCCAUGAUUUUUCGGGGGAAGUCAUGCACUUUAAAUGCAAGUUGGAUCUGGUUUAAAUGUAUUACGUGGAUCUUCAUUAUUUCAUAAACUUUGCCUGCAUACAAAUUAUUUUAAUUAAAUUUUAAAAUGAAAAUAAGCUACAAAAUUCACUGGAUGUCCAUGGGCUACGCACCAUCGCCAUUCUCUUUUGGUUGAUAUCUUUUGAAGCAGACCACUUAGAAACUUUUUUUUUUAAAAAAACCUGAAAGCUAAGAGUCCAGAGAUUAAGGUGACUCACCCAGAGACCCAGAGAGGGCCCCCAAAAACCAGAGUCUCUGGGCAAAAACAGGACACCUGGCAACCCUAACUGAGAUAGAUGGGCCAAUGCUCUGACGCUGUAUAAGCCACCUUCCUAUGUUCUUUUAUUCCCUCUUCCCUCCCCCUUUCCCUUGCAUGCUGGCACAGGGUAGAGGAAGUUUAACAAAGUGGGUUGGACUGUCCUGGGUGAGGAAGGGAGAUCAUGGCAUGUAUGGGGCAGUCCCCUUCUCUGCUCACCCCCUGACUGCUUAGCAAGAAGGCAGAGGCAAGUUUUUGUUGCAGGCUCCCCAGGACUGAGUCUCCUCCUUUGCUUCUUCCCAGCACUCUUAAACUUCCCCAUCGCCGCCCAAGCCUAUACAUGUGUGCUUGGAAGUGAGUCCCGCUAUACAGAUGAGAGCAUAAGAGCCUACUAAAUCAGGCCAAUGGCCCAUCUAGUGCAGUAUCCUGUUCUCACAAUGGCCCAUUUUUGCCGGUUCUGAAAGGCAGCAUCUCUCCAAAGUCUCAUGCCUAGCGCGUCCAUUGACUCCAUCCAAGAUCCCUUAGCUCCAGGAUGGGGAACUAGAUCUGGCUUGCCGGCCGGAACCUUCCUUCCCCCACCCCUGUGGGCCAACUUGGACAGGUGGGCAGGGAUGACCACCUGGGAAUCACCUGACAUCAUGAUGGCAUCAGGCGACAAUGUGAAAAGGAGCCCGCUGAGCCCCUCUGAAGGCUUGCUGUCAGUGCCAAUCUACUGAUUGGAGAGCCACAAUCCACUGAUCAGUGCUGAGCCAUUCCUUUUGACGUCUGUUAUGUAAUUGCUUUGUAUUCAAACCACUUGGAAACAGAGUUCAAAGUGGCUCUAAGCACCCAUCAACUGACCAGCUCUGAGACCCCACUGAGUGCACUUGAUGAGAAACUCCCAAACGCAGCUGAUUCCAGUGGGGCUCCUUGUCACAGCUGAUCAGUUGAUGGACGCUGACAGGUAGCCCCCCCCCCUUGCCACUGAACAACAGGGAGUUUAAGCUCCUCAUUCUUCAUUUGCAGCCACAUUUUCACCUGCCCCCACUGGAUGUCACAGGUGUGGGGAAAACACAAAUAUGUGCCAAGGAUAUUGAUAUCACAGGAAUGCAUAGAGUAGGACGGUUGGUACAGGGGGCAGAACAUCACUGUAGCAUUACAGCAUAGAACAAUUGGAUGAAACUGUUGCCAUGGUCAUGAUGAAUGUGGGGGUAUAUAUCUGUCUGUAACUGACCACCAUUUUAGUUGAGUUCUGUACUUUGCUCCAGCUAAGCGCUUGGCUGAAUAAAGAACCUUAAACCAG